UCUAUACCAUCAUACUUGUUAAUACAUUAGGUUACAAAAAACACAUAACUGUUUCUAUAUAUGGCUGGUUUUGUCUAUACCAUUCCAUGUGAAAACCCUAAUCCAAAGUCUUUAUUCCAAACCUUUGUUGAUCGAGUUCCACUUUCAAACUUGCAUGCCACGUCAGACGACUCUACCCGAAGUGCAGAGGAUGAUGAGCGGAAGCGGAGAAGGAAGGUAUCGAACCGCGAGUCAGCUCGGAGAUCACGUAUGCGGAAACAGCGUCACAUGGACGAACUGUGGUCCAUGCUUGUUCAGCUCAUCAACAAGAACAAAUUUUUAGUCGAUGAGCUAAGCCGAGCCAGGGAGGGUUACGAGAAGGUUAUAGAAGAGAACAUGAAACUUCGAGAGGAAAAUUUCAAGUCGAGGAAGACGAUUAGUGAGAUCGGGCUUAAUAGGUGUCUUAACGUAGAGGCCGAUCAGAUCUGGACCGUCUAAUCGUCUCAUCCUGUUUGAUCUUGAAUUCUAUGUUUUGUCUGUUUUCAAGUAAACGGGCUCAACUAUGUUUGUUUGGCUUGUUAAAUCUUGAUCUUUUAAUUUCUUUCUGCUUUCAUGGUAAAGCUUGAAUCUUGCUAGUAAAUGACUUAAGUAACAUCAACGGAGUUUGCAAUGUACAUGGUUUGCAAGAUAAGGAUAUGGGAGGCCCUUCCCGAAAUGGUAUUUAGUUAGUAAGAAACUCCCAGAAUUCUA